AUGGCGAUCAAGCACAACAACCAGAUCCAGAAGAACCACUUCCGCAAGGAUUGGCAGAAGCGUGUUCGCGUGCACUUCGACCAGCCCGGUCGUAAGCACCGUCGUCGUGAGAACCGUCUCGCCAAGGCUGCUGCCGUUGCUCCCCGCCCGGUCGACAAGCUGCGUCCCGUUGUGCGAUGCCCUACCGUCAAGUACAACCGCCGUGUCCGUGCCGGUCGUGGUUUCACCCUGGCUGAGCUCAAGGAGGCCGGUAUCCCCAAGAAGCUCGCUUCCACCGUCGGUAUCUCCGUUGACCACCGCCGCACCAACUACUCCAAGGAGUCCCUGGUCGCCAACGUUGCCCGUCUCCAGGACUACAAGGCCCGCCUGAUCCUCUUCCCCCGUAAGAGCGGUCAGUUCAAGAAGCUCGACUCCUCCGCUGAGGACGUCAAGGCUGUCAAGGCCACUCUUGCCGAGGGCAAGCGUGACGGUAUCGUCGCCAACGUCAACGCCAGCUUCCCCAUCAUCAACGACGCUGAGGAGAACGCCAUCUCCGAGGUCAAGCGUGGUGACCUUCCCAAGUCCGAGGGCUCUGUCUACCGCGCCCUCCGUGACGCUCGCUCCGAGGCCCGCCACAAGGGUAUCCGUGAGAAGCGCGCCAAGGCCAAGGCUGAGGAGGAGGCCAACGCCAAGAAAUAA